AUGAGAUUCCUGACCCUGCUGGUCACCGUACUGCUUCACCUGCAGCAGUACCCAAGUCUGGCAAAGAUUCAUCGUCAGCGACAUCUGCACAAACCGCAUCGACUUUGUGUUGAGCCACCCUCACUGAGAGAUGAUCUGGCCGCAUGGAUGCGCGAAUCGCUCGAUGGUGGUGGCGGAGAGGUAGACGAAGAAUGGACCCCGCCGUCAACGGAACCGGCCAUUUGUAGCGAAUCACCUAGAGCAGAGGGCGACACUACAGUAAUGCAAAGGGCAAUGUGUCCGUGGGAAUCCAGGGUAGAUUUUGACGAGACUAGAGAACCGAAAAUGAUCUCUGAAGCAGUUUGUCUAUGCAGACGCAGUCGAGGAGCCAGCGGCGCAUUUUGCCUACCUAUAAAAAGAGAGGUAGCAGUGCUAAAGCGGAUCUCUUGUGAUUUGGAUACCGGAUACUGGCGCUACGAACGAGCAUCACUGUCGGUCACGGUCGGAUGUCAUUCCGUACUGCCCCGAACACAAAGAGCUACGGCACUGUCCAGACACUAUCGAAACUAUCAGAAUGGUGCAGUGUAA